UGUUCGCGAAAGUUGUCCCAUAUUUCUUUGAGCACACCCACCAAAUCUGUUGAAACCCAUGUGAAGUUGCAAGCCAGAUUUCUAUCUCUGUUCUGAUCGUGACAACCUUGGCAAUGAAUGAGUACCCGGAGAGAAAUGUGAAUCUCUUGUGAACUGAUGUGGCUGGAUCGGGGCAUUUUCUCCUUUGAAAGUAUAUGGCCAUCACUGCUCGUUGACGAAAUGAGAAAUCUAAGUGACAAACUGAACCUCACUCAAGCCCGGACCACGCCACAACCGAUGAGGUUGUUGCCAAUGUCUAUCCAGCAAGUGCGCCAUGGUUCGUUUACUGUCAACACCAUGGGAAACUUAAUGAGUCUUCAUGGACCUGGUUAGUGCGGUCCAAGCACUUCUACGUAUGUGUUUGUGUGUAUCAUAUCAACCGUCCUCGGUUUCCUUGAUAUUGUGUAGAAACCAAGAAGAAAUGCAACCGAACGAAGCCCCCUGUGGCACCAAUCCGUUUCCAUAGGCUCCUCUAGUGAGUGACUCUUACCAUUUACGAGUACACGGACCUCUAUCUCUAUGUUCGACCAGAGUACGUGUAUGUACCUCUGGAUGGGUUUCGCGGCCUGCCAUAUGUGGUUGAUGGUCUUCACGUCUUCACAGACACGCCGCACGGAAGAAAGUGUCCGCCGACGUUGUCGAUAUUGGAGCGCUCUCCCCGAGUUUUCUUCAUCUUCUGCUUUUUCUUGUUCUUUGGGAAGCACAAGCACCGAAGAAAGAAGGUUGGUUGAGAAUUGCGAUGGACAAGCCAGGUGAGUGAACGGACUGUAGUGAAGAGGGAAGGCUCGCUCAUCUCUCAGUUCAAGUGCUUUUUGUGCUGAAUAAAUAACAUACCUGCUAGCCUCGACGGCAAAAAUAUGAACCUCUCAUUGGUUAAACUCUUAAUUUGAGUUGUCACCCUUUCAUUAUUAAGACUAAUCUGUGAUAUAUCGAGGCUUUGAUCAUGAGAUCCUCCUGGAUGGCUCCGAUGGUCCUGUGUUUGAGCCUUUGGUUGUUGAGCCGCCAGGCCGAUGGGCAGAUUUUCUCGUCUAUGGGCGAAUUGGCCAAAGUGUUCAAAAUGGAAGUGGAACUCGUCUCCGUGCUUCAAAGGCAUCGAGACACACUCGAAGAAUCGCUCAAUCAGAUCAAAAAUUAUGCUCAAGAAGUGAAGGCCAUGUACGAGAAAGAGGAUUGCUGGCCAGUCAAAGAGAAAUGCACCGACCAGAACCUGAUGGACAAAAUCGUGGGCAAUCCCAUUUACAAUUAUCAAGUGCUCAAGCGCUUGAACGUCUACUUUAAGAAAGUGGAGGAAGCCACCAAGGCUGUGGAUACCAAAAAAACGCUCCAAGAGUUACGGAAGGUUCGCAACAAGCAUGGCGGUCUUCCCACGGAGGCGGAUCUUCAGGGGGCGGCCAAGGCUCUCAAUCGCUUGCAAGACAUGUACAAGUUGAACAUCACGGAUUUUGCCCGCGGACGAAUCUUUGGCUUACAAACAGCGGCCGAGCUAUCGGUGAAAGACACCUUUUUCCUUGGACGCUUUGCCAUGAUGAAUGACAAUCCCGAGGUUGCUCUUCGGUGGCUGGAAGAGGCCGUUAUUCAAGCGGCCUCUGAAGGGAAUCAUACGUCGCCCGUUAAAGCCGAUCGCAUCGAGCAAGUCAUCAAGCAAGUCGAGAGAAAAUUGCCCCCAGGAUUCCGAGACAUUGCUAGCUUUGAAGGCACGGACGAUUUCGAGAACAACGACUUCAACCUCCUAAAGAUCCCUGAAAAGACCCGCGACCCGGCCAAGUUCACCACCCUGGACGACGAAAUGAACUACAAAGCCUUGUGUCAAGGCCGGACCCUCCUCUCUCGAGUCGAGCAAGCCAAACUGUUGUGCAGCUACUCGACUCUGGCGCACCCCUUCUACCUGAUUGGCCCCGUAAAAACCGAGGUUGCGUACAAUGAUCCCCACAAGAUCGUGAUCCUACAUGAGGUGAUUCACGACAACGAGAUCGAGGCGAUAAUCCAAGCCGCCAAACCCAAGAUCAACACCGCCACCACGGGUCAGGAGCGCUCGAUCUCGGAUCUCCGCGUUUCUCGCAACGGAUGGUUGCCAGACACCGAGCCGUCUCUGACAGCGCUAAAUUACCGAAUGAAUCUCUUGACUGGCCUUCAGACAGUGCAAGCCUUAGAUGCUCACCAGGAGGGUAAAAAAGAGGAAUAUGAGAUGUUUCAGGUGGCGAACUACGGGAUUGGCGGCCACUAUGGCUUUCAUCAGGAUCCCAUGUUUGUAUACAAGGAGCCCGACUAUCUGGCGAAGCUCGGUCAAGAUGACUACGUCACUGGAGAUCGAAUGGCUACCCUCAUGCUCUACCUUUCCGAUGUCUCGUUGGGUGGAAGAACGGCGUUUCCACGGCUCGGAAUCAGCAUCGUCCCGAAGAAAGGCUCCGCCGUGUUCUGGUACAAAUUUCAAGCGUAGUGGAAGGACGGACAUGGCCAUGUUGCAUGGUGGGUGCCCAGUUCUUUUGGCUCCAAGUGGGUGGCCAAUAAAUGGGUCGAGAAGCGGCAAUAUUUUCCAUUACCCAUG